AUGUGUCAAGGUGUAGCCUCUACCUUCAAAGCUCAUUAUCUGAGAGGGACUUUUGAGCACAUCCUAGAAGCAACAGAUGGUGAGGAUACAGCUAUGAUCAGGGAAUUUUGGAGAAACUACAGCAUCAUGGAUCCUGUGGACAUGGCCAUCACAUGGGAGGAGCUCAAACCAGCACUAAUGAACAGCGUGUGGAAGAAGAUUUGGCCUGAGUGUGUUCAGGCGCAGCGUUUUUCCCAGGCAGAUAACAUUGCACAGCUUCAAAAAAACAUUGUGACCCUUGCCAGAAAUGUGGCCUUUGAAGAGGUUGCUGAGGCUGCUGUGGACCAGUUGCUGCAGUCCCAUGAAGAAGAUCUCUCAAAUGAGGAACUGAUGCGGCUGGAACAGGAGCCGGCAGUGGGGGAGGAGGAGAGGGAAGAUGGUCCCUGGGCUCUGUGGCAGCUAACCACAGGAAGACUGUCGGCAGCCCUCUCACGUUUUGAGGCUGGCUUGCAGGUCCUUGCUAGUAACAGCCCUAAUGAUGACUGGAAACUGAGAGGUUCCAGAGCAAUCAAUGAUGCAAUAAACUGCUACCAGGAGCUGUACAAUGAGAAAAAGCGCCACUCAAAACAACUCUCUUAGGUCAUUUUUCAAUGUGUGUAACCAAGUUAAUCAGAAUAAAGCAGAAGCACCAUGAUGACCUCAACAGUGGAGGCCCAGCCAGGCCUCCCUGCUCUGUGGUGUUGGACAUCCCUGGAAACCUUGCUGUUGGUAUUUCCAUUUUGAUACUUGAGAGCAUCAAAUUUUGUCAUUAAAAUGUUUUUUAAAUA